CUGGUGGCGAGCCACCAUAGACAAAAAAUAUUCAAAUGUCAUUUAAAAACAAUAUGGCAGAUUUUACUGAAAAUUCUUAAGAAAAGUAUGAGACGUGUGUUACAGAUAAUUAUUAGUUUUGUUUACUUUUAUCUAUUUUGUUGUUCAAUCAAUUAGUUAUUUUGUAAUCGAGUUAGUAUUUAUCUUAAAUGAUAUUGUAUUCAAAAGUGAAGGAAGCUAAAAUUUUGUACUUCAUUUAUGGUGUUGUAUCAAUCGGACUACGAAUGAACGCAUAGUGUUUGAUAAUUUCUGUUACAAUGUCGUUCCCGCCUCGGCCUCCGUUGGUGCCCUACGGAAUCGCACCGGGUGUAGUUACGAUGCCUAUGGCCACGCACGUGAUGGUAGGCGCUUACGGGGGCGGCGGAGUGCGGGGGGCGCUGUUACCCGCCCCCCCUCCGGGCAAGGCGGUCAUAUCCCGCCCGCCCACGCGCAACAACGGGGCCAAGGAGACCGACCCCCCGCCCGUCACCGUGUUCAUAGGCAACAUAACGUCUCGGGCGCCGGACGCGAUGAUCCGCGCGCUGCUGGGCGCGUGCGGGCCCGUGCUGAGCUGGAAGCGCGUCUCCACCUUCGGGUUCUGCGAGUUCGCCGGCCCCGAGGCCGCGCUGCGAUGCGUGAGGCUCCUGCAUGACCGGCCCCUCGCCGACAAGCGGCUGCUGGCCCGGACCGACGGCAAGAUGCAGGCGCUCGUCGACUCCUAUAAGACCGAGCAGCGGUCCCGACUGGGCCAGGAGACGGGCGCCGGGCCCGGGCCCGGGGCGGAGGGGGAGUCCUAUCUGGACGCGAGGCAGAGGCAGGCCGACGAUGCGGCCGAGAGGAGGCUGCAGCAGAUCACCGCCGACUACCAGGACGAUAUCAACAACUAUGAGGCGCUGCAGAAGGAGGAGGCGAUAUCGAAGACAGCGCGCGUGCUGGAAGAGGCCGACAUCUCCGAGGAGAAGCGUGACGUCAUCCACCGCGAGAUCGGCAAGUUCCGCGAGAGCAUGAAGGAGGAGGCGGAUGUGGUGGUGCGACGGAAACGCGAGCCGGAGCGAGACAGGGACAAGGAGAAGGACAAGGACAGGGAGCGCGACAGGGACAAGGAUAGGGAGCGCGACCACGAGCGGGACAGGGGCAAGGACAGGGAGCGCCCCGACGACAGGGAGAGGGACAGGGAGCGGGACCGAGACCGCGAGCGGGAGCGGGAGCGGGAGCGCGAGCGAGACAAGGACCGCGACAGGGAGCGCGAGCGGGACAAGGACAGGCGCAGGCGAAGCGGAUCCAGGGGCAAGGAACGACGAGAUGACCGCGAUAAGGACCGCGAGAGGGAGAGAGAAGAGAGGGAGCGGGACAGAGAACGCGAACGCGAGAGGGAGAGAGAACGAGAGAGGGAAAUUCGCGAAAGGGAACGAGAACGUGAAUUGCGCGAGAGGGAAAGGGAGAGAGAGAGGGAAAGAGACCGCGAAAGGGAGCGAGAGCGCGAGCGCGAACGUGAACGCGAGCGCGAACGCGAACGCGACCGCGAACGAGAUCGCGAGAGGGAGAGAGACAGGGAGAGGGAGCGAGACAGGGACAGGGACAGGGAGAGGGAGCGGUCCGGGUCGCGCGGGCGCGGGCCGCGGCGCGGGGACCUCGACGCGCGCAGGGAGAAGGAGCUCGAGGAGGAGGCGCGCGACAAGAAGCGGCUCGAGAAGAAGGCCAGGGAGAAGGAGGCCGCCUACCAGGAGAGGUUACGCAAUUGGGAAGGCCGCGAGCGACGCAAGGCCAAAGAGUACGAGAAGGAGAAAGAGAGGGAGCGAUGCCGCGAGGAGGAGCGAGAGAGGGAGGCCAAGAGGCUCAAGGAGUUCCUCGAGGACUACGACGACGAGCGGGACGAUCAUAAGUACUACAAGGGUAAAGAGUUGCAGCGACGGCUCAGCGCGCGCGUCCGAGAAGCGGAGAGCGAUCGCCGCGAACGUGCUCGCGAACAUGACGAGCUCGACGCGUUGCGGCGCGAACUGUUCGCCGCCAGGCCCGACGACGACCCCGCCGCCAUCGCCGCCUUCGAGAAGGCGCGUCGCGAACGCGAGGAACAAUACAAACCGCGUCUUUUAAUCGACGUCUCCCUUCACGCGGAGCUCCAACGGGAGAGAGAGCAACAACGAGCGAGACAGAGAGAGGAGGCUAGGAGGGAGGCCCGCCAGAGGGCAGAGAGGGACAGGGAGAGGUAUCUGAGGCAGCACGCCUCUAGCCAACUACCCAGUGAAGCGGAGCCCAUCGACUCUGAUGACAGCGGGGGCGCGGACCCGCUGGAGGGGGGGGAGGCCCCGUCGGAGGGGGGGGAGGUGGAGGCCCGCAAGCCCCGGCGUCACCACCGGCACCACACGCCGCCGCAGCCGCCGCUGACGCCGCAGACCCCAGACAGUUCAGAAGAAGGCGGCGCCACGCCGCCCCGGCCGCCUUCAGAGCCGCACUCGAGGCGACCUAGCGGCGGUCAGACGUCGACGGGCAGCUCCCCCAUCACCAUCAGCUUCAACAAGUCCCGCGCCGCCCCCGCGCCCGCGCCAGGCCACCCCGCGGCACCCGUUAACCCCGCCCCCGGCAGCCCCGCGCAAGGGGAACUCAACCAGCCGGUGGAGAGUCAGCAGCCGCGGGUGUCGCGCCGACACGCCGCCUUCACCGACGAUGAUGACUCUCCGGCCACACCCACCACGCCCUCCGCGCACCUACACUCGGGCAAAGAGGGCAAAGACAAGAAAGAGAAGGACAAAAACAAGAAAGGGGAGAGCGAAAAGGACAACAAGAGUGCGGAAGAGAAACGCAAACACAUCAAGAGCCUCAUCGACAAAAUCCCCACGCAAAAGGAACAGUUGUUCCAGUACAAAUUGGACACAACACAGAUCGACGACGCUUUAAUGGAAAAGAAGAUCCGUCCGUGGAUCAACAAAAAAAUAAUAGAAUAUAUCGGUGAGCCCGAGCCGACGCUGGUCGACUUCAUAUGCAGCAAGGUGGUGGCCGGCUCCCAGCCGCAGGGGAUAUUGGAUGACGUGCAAAUGGUAUUGGACGAAGAAGCCGAGGUCUUCGUAGUAAAAAUGUGGAGACUCCUCAUCUACGAACUGGAGGCUAAACGGGCCGGACUACACAACAAGUGACCAAUGAAAUUAUCCAACUUUGAUAUAACUAUGAAUAACACUAGUGUAUCAGGGGUCGUAUUUGAAUGAUCCUCAAAGAAAAAUUGUAAACGAUACUCAAUAAAUGCAAUUGGUAACCUUACCUAUGAACAGUUGUAAUUUUAAAGUGUAACUUUUAUAAAAAAACUCCACACACUUUUCUGUUCAUCUUUAGCAUGCCGCAUUACUACUCUAAAUAAAUGUAUAUUUUAAAUGAUCCGAAAAUGCGUUCUGUAAAAAAGUAUUUAAAAUACUAAAUGAAAAUAAGUCUCGCAUUUUCAUUUCGAAAUGAAUAUCAAGUAAAACUCAAUGAGGGCUAUCGUUUUUUGUCUCCCCAGAUGGCGCCACUGUUGAGUGAGGUCCUGAAGUGUAACUUUUAAAGUUAUUAAACACGCUCGUGAUAUCAAAGUUUACAUUUUAAUACAAAAGAAUCGUAUCUUAAACAUAAUCGCCCAUGCCACAGUGUUGCGCAGUCCCGUUUUGUUCGGAAAAAAGGACAAUAUUUUUUCUUAGCUCCGCUUUUAAAUAACUGACAAUCAUUGACACGUAAUUCAUAUUUGCCAUAAUAAGUCUGAUUUAUUACCAAAUAUUCACAACUAUUAUUUUAAUUAGAAAGAAACCGCGUAGUCAACCCCCUAGCUAUAACAUUUGACAUUUCGGAGACCUCAUGCAACACAAGCGCCUCUAGCGGCGGUUUCAGACGCGAUAGCCCUCAUUGUAUGGCUGCUACUACGCGUAGCUAUAAGCGCUGACGAUACUGUACUCUUAUUUCAAUACGUAAUAAAUAUAACUCAAACGAUAUCCAAUAGGCUGUUUCACAAGUAUGAAGACGUUAUACGUUAUUUAUUAGUUUACAAUGACUUCAUGAAGUGGAUAUUUAUAAGUAUGUUGAGUAAAAUUAGUAAAAAGAAUAAAAUAAAAAAAUAUGUUUUCAAAUAUAGCGCGGAAAGGUUUCUCUAGCAAAUAUCGCGUGUUGCGGGCAGGUGACGUCACGGCUCUCGUUAAUUCGUCGAACAGUACAAAGUAAUGUCACUUCAACAGCAUGUUUACAAGCAGGUGACGUCAUUUUAAGAUCCGCCAAUCCUAGGCGUUUUCGGUCACGUGGCAAUAGUUAAAAAAUACUUUUAUAUUUCAUGAUUUUUAGUAAUAUUAUCAAAUACUUUUUUAUUUACUUUGUGAGUAGUGAAAUCGCUAAUAUUCAUGUUAAAUAGUACUUUAUUUUUUUUACUGUCAAAUAGCCUAUUGUACCUUUUUUCGAUUACAAACCAUAGUAACGAUAUAGCUAGAGUUAUAUCUUUGUAUUUUCUUUUUCAGUUACAGGAUAUUUGUGUAUAAAAGUCUCUAUAAAAGUAUUGUAAAUACUUUGAUAUGAAUUUUGAUUAUAAAAAUGAAUAAUGUUAACUUUAGAGCUUUCCGACCACUACCUCUUCUACCCAAUCAAAGCGGGUGGCUUAGAUUUUUACGAUUUGUUUUAUGAUAAAAUUCAUUUCUAUUAAUAAACUUGAGCCGGCUAUAAAUUGAAAAGUAUGAAUUAAUUAUUGGAUAAUGUCAACAUGUUUUCCGAUUCGUAUGUGAUAUUGAUUAAUUUCCAUUGAUUUGUUGUUACAAUAUGUAUUUAAAAUGGUAUAAUUUUGAUAAUAUACACGCUUUGAUAUCGUAUUAACUGCACGGAAGUGGCCCAAACAUAUCUACUAUAUAUGGUAGAUACGCUCGUCGCCACACACGCACACAUUGACUUCUUUCAAACAAUCUGACAUUAGAGGCAGGCACACAUUGCGCGUAACAUGAGCCGUUUUGUUUGCGUGGUUUAUUUGGAUCUCUAUCUAUCUGGUCGUGUAUAUAAUCAAAGGCAAUAAAUAUCACGUGACAAUACAAUCCACUACCAAAUAUGAUUUAUAUUAGACGCUGGUUAGUGAAGCAGUUUGUAAUUUUCAUCUGUACCUUCGUUAUGUAUUCUGUAGGUAAAUACUGUUAUUCGUCACCACAUUGCCGACGAAAGGUUUUAUACAUGUUGCUGUCCGUUUGACCAUUUAAUACUUGCAUUUGGUAGAUUCGGAAACGAAACGAACAAGCAUCAGUAGGAAACCUUUAUAUUUUCCCCUUUUUGGAUAAAACUAGCUAUUUCUUUAAACAUUUUUAUAAAUAGCACUGAAUGUUCUAAAUAACUUAUUUUAUAAGUUUGUUAUCAGAAAAAUCGAUUGCUAUAGAAAAGAAUAGCCUCCCACAUGUGUAGUACAGACAACCAUACUUCAUAUUAACCUCAAACCAAUCAAAAUUUCUCAAUAGAUUGUGAACAGUGUAUCAAGAUUUAUUAACAUCAAUAUGAGUUGUAGACAUUUUACAGUUUUUGGUAACUACCUGUCUGUACCAGCCAAGUAUUUUUUUUAUUGUCGUUGUUUUUAUUAUUGAUUGAGAGAUUGAGCGAUGUUUUACCAUUACCAGGGACGAUAUACAAGUGUCUCUCGUCAUAAUGUUUUUUGUUCCGUUCAACAUGACUAUGACGAUUUGGGCGUCAAAUCGUUUGAUAUUCACGUGCUUGUCCACGAUUAUUGUAUAUAAUUAUAUAGGCUAUCUGAUUGAUAAAAACCGUGACAGAUUACCGAUUCUAUUGCGGGAAUAAAACUAAACAUAUGGAAUCGGUUGAAAGAUAUAUUUUUUUUGUAUUUUUUUGUAAAUGAAUUUUCUUACAUGAUAUGAGACAUAAAGUAACAGCAAUACGCUGAUGAACUGUAUUGGAAAUGUCCGGCCAGGUGAUCAAAAUUUAAAAAAUCUAUAUUUGAUAGUGGGGCAAUUUUAUAAAAGAUUGGAGACAAUGGGCUGGCAUUCUGUCAAUAUAAACAAAAUUGACAGAUUACCAGCCAGCCCGUAUGUACGUCAAUAUUGUUUACGUACACUAUUAAUUUUAUGACGUCGUUGUUUAUUAUAAUGCACAACUGAUGUGGUCAAUCUCAAAAAGAUAUAUUGAUCUUGCAGAUCCAAAGCAGUUCUUACGCUUACUGCCGUGUAAGGUUUAAGGGUCAAUCUACGGUGUCAAGCAUUUGUUAUAAAUACUUGUUACCAGUGAUUUACUAAUUCUCAAUACUUUGUAUCGGUAAUUAAAAUUUGUACGAAUAUUACUGUUAUUACCACAACAAAGUUAGACAUGCUGUCAACGGUUUAAGAAAAAAUGGCAUGAUUCAAGGUUUGAAACCUUGUCUAACUUUUUUGUACUAAAACCGUACAGGUUUUUACCGUUGGUGAGAUUGAUGGUCAGAGAUAUUUGACUAGUGGGAAGUUUUGUUUUAAUUUGCUCAGAGCAAAAGCUAAUGAUUUAGUAUAAAUAAUACUUUCUCUUCUAUGAAAUGAAAUUGCCAUGAUUGCUGACGCCAUGCCUUCUUUUGGUGAAAUUAAAAUAUAAAGAUUUAUUUAAAUUUCUUUGUAUAAUGUCAUUCAAAUCUUGUUAUAAACCAAAAUUUUAAACAAAUUUUAAAAACCAAUAAUCAAAUAAUUUUCCGAACAGCGGAACAAACAUUCCCGUUGGUCAGAUUAAUCUGACCGUGAAUCUGACAAAAAGGUAACCUUUAAAUAUAAAUAAUAUAACGCGGCAAUUCCUCAUGGAUACGAGCCGCUUUGUAAAUUAUUGUACUGUACUAGUACUGCGUCGAGGGGAAGUAUAACUAUAGUGAAUGAGUGAGUGAGUGAGAAUGAAUAAGUGAGCUAUAAGAUGUUGCGAGUUGACCGAAUGGUCCCGUCGACGCAGCUCUUUGAUUACUUCUGAUAAGUCUAAUUGUAAAACUUAGUGUUAAUAAAGUAUAUUAAUGAUGGAAG